AUGGAGCCCCAGAAUGCAUCCACUAUCACUGAGUUUAAGUUACUAGGAUUUCAGAAUCUUUUUGAAUGGCAGAAUCUGCUCUUUGGCAUAUUCCUGAUCAUUUACAUCCUUACAGUCAUGGGGAAUAUUAUCAUCAUCACGGUUGUGAGCCAGGACCAGCAACUGCACCUACCUAUGUACACAUUCCUCAAGCACCUUUCUUUUCUGGAAAUCUGGUAUACCUCUACCAUUGUACCACUUCUCCUAGCCAACUUGAUCUCCUGGGGCCAAGUCAUUUCCUUCUCUGCUUGUAUGGCCCAGCUCUACUUCUUUGUCUUCUUUGGGGCUACUGAGUGUUUUCUUCUGGCCAUGAUGGCCUAUGACCGAUAUUUGGCCAUUUGCAUCCCACUCCACUACUCCUUCCUGAUGAGUCCUGAAAUCUGCACCAAGUUGGUGACCAUCUCCUGGUUGACAGGGGUUGGCACAGGCCUACUUCCUUCCCUGAUGAUUUCCAAGUUGGACUUCUGUGGACCCAACCAGAUCAACCAUUUCUUCUGUGACCUUCCUCCCCUUAUGUGGCUAUCAUGUUCCAGCAUUUAUAUCACCAAGUUAGUAAUAUUCAUCCUGUCAAUUGCUGUGCUGUGCAUUUGUUUUCUUCUUACACUUGUGUCCUAUGUAUUCAUUGUGUCUUCCAUAUUGAGAAUUCCUUCAACCUCUGGCCGGAUGAAGACUUUUUCCACCUGUGGAUCUCAUCUGGCUGUUGUGAUAAUCUACUAUGGGACCAUGAUCUCCAUGUAUGUCCAUCCCAGUGCCCACUUGUCACCAGAAAUCAACAAACUUAUUUCUGUAUUUUACACUGUUGUCACUCCACUACUGAACCCUGUUAUCUACAGCUUGAGGAAUAGUGACUUCAAAGUGGCUGUUAGAAAAGUUAUCAGAAGAAAGUGUGGCUUAUAUGGAGUAAGAGUGAAAGGAAGUGUCAUUAUUAGGUAA